CAUUUCUCAAAAAAUUAUUGCGAUUAAAAAUGAAUUGCUAGCAAUUCACGUUUUGAAAAACUAUAUUGCGCUGUGCUUUGUUAGUUUGUGUUUAUUGUUCGAUAGAAAGUGUUAGUUUGUUUGCUUUGUUAGUCUGUGUUAGCAACUGUGUUACCACAAAACCUGAAUUGAUUUUAAAACUAUGCGCCUUCUACUGAUCAUUUCGUUUUGUAACAUCACUUCAAACAUGCGCUAAACCGAAACGAAGUUCGCUUUGCUUCUGCACCUGGUUCGCGUGCGUCACAGUCUUCUUCGUACUUCUCGUCUGCGCCAAAAAAUUCAUUGCUAAUUGCGAGCAAAAGAAUCCGUCAGCGUCGCUGGUAUGUCCGUGAACAUAAUCGUGAUCGCGAUCGAUGGGGUGAAUUUUCAAAUAUUGUGAAAACGGAUGCGCGAAUUGAACGAGGAGCUGCAUUUUCAGUAUUUUCGGAUGUCCAAGGAAACCUUUGACGAAAUUCUUGCACUGAUUAGUCCAAUCAUCAGCCACGCUAACACUCAUGAGCAUCUGGUAUCUCCCAUGGAGCGACUUGCCGUAACUUUAAGAAUCUUGGCUUCGGGCAUGAGUCAAAUUGCAGCGGCCCAUAGUUUCUGUCUUGGUCGAGCCACGGUAAAUCGCAUUUACCGCGAAACAACAAAGGCAAUUUGGGAUGUUAUGGGGCCUAUUUACGUCAGUCCACCGAGCGAAUUACGCUGGAAAUCUAAUGCGGAAAGGUUCAACCCGUCUUGGCAAUUUCCAAACUGCAUUGGUGCGGCCGACGAAAAGCACGUGGUUAUCAAGAAACCAAAGAAUGGCGGUAGCGGCUAUGGUCGGCAGAGUGAUGGUGGAACAUGGAGCAAGUGCGCUUUGGGAAAAGCGGUGGAAGAGACGCUAAUAAUGCCCAAGCCCGAGCGACCAUUAUUAUGCGAGCACCUGUUGCCGCAGGUAUUUGUCGCAGACGCUGUGUUCCCGAUAUCGGUCCACCUGAUGCGUCCAUACCCCGAUCGAAAUCUAUCCAGAGCCGCACGAAUUUUUAAUUAUAGACUAUCCCGGGCGCGGCGCGUCGUAGAAAACGCGUUUGGCAUUCUCGCUUCGAGAUGGCGUAUUUUCCAAAGGCCAAUGGAUUUCCAGCCAGCACAAGUCGUUCUAACCGUCAAGGCAUGCGUAGUGUUACAUAAUUUUCUACUUCGCAAAAAUCUCGCGAACAGUAAGUCGGCUUAUGUAAUGCCUACCCUUAUUGAUAGAGAAAACGAAGACGGUCCUGGAAUAAUCGAAGGGGAAUGGCGGCGAAUAACUGCGAACGAUACCGGGUUGUGCAAAAUGGGAAAAAGCAGAGGCACCGCCGAAGCUAUGCUUAUUAGAGACAGGUUUCGUGACUAUUUUAACUCCACAGGCAGCGUUUCCUGGCAGGAAGCUCGCACAUUUGGUGUUCUUCAGGAGCAAGAAAAUUUCUCUUCCGACGAUAGCAGUUUGUAGUUAAAUGCAUACGCGUACUAGGAAUUCCGUACUUUAUUUUUGUGACAAUAACAAAUUGUAAUACGGCAUAUUCCGGUUUAGAUUGUAUAGUAAUAAUACCGACAAUAAGCGCAAUGGCGGAGAACAGACAAGUAAAAAGAAUUCACACAACAACGAACAAUUUCAUCAGUCUGUCGUAUCCGCUUGUACAAAUGCCUUAUUUUACUAAAAGGAUAUGCAACAUAAUGUAAAUUUACAAAGUCGCAUUAAAAGUUAUCGCGAUUGAGUUCCGUUCCAAUACAAUUUCUUUCUGUAUCUUAAGAUUCUUGUGCCCACCGUUCCUCAAAAUACUCGCUCUCUGUAAAUUGCAUGUGCAGGUGUUCAAUAAAAGCAACUAACAGGAAUAUGUUACGUACACAAGUUUUGUACAAAAAUCACUCCACACGACUUAACAAAUACUUUUUCCUGUGCGUUCAGUACUGCUUUCGUUGUUGAGUAGCUCUUUCGCAAUAACAUUCUGAAUGCCUUUUUUGAUGCGCUCCUUCUGCUCGGCAGUAGUAGAAUUCAGAGUACUCAAGACGAAGUCAC